AUGAAUUCCUUCACCGUCAAUACCGAAACAAAACCUACUGAAACUGUUCAAUACUUUCCUACCGUGGGUGAACCCGUUAUUGGUCACACUGACGGAAGGUUUCCACAACUCUCCUUAGAUGAACAACCCGGUCAGGCUAUUGAAAAUUCCCCACGCCUAGCGGUAAAGGAAGAAGAGAAUGCACAAAGCGUUUCUUCUGACGACCAAAAAGAGCACAGUCCUACACCCUCAGCUUCUAAAACAACUUACACUUGCCACGUUUGUGCACCUAUGGGAACAUCACGAGAGCUGGGAUCUGUGUCUCAAAUUCAACUUAACAAAGCAUCAGCAAGUUCAAAUGAUGGAGGUUAG